AGAACAGAUCGUGUUCUGAAACACGCGAUGGCGUGACCUUUACAAAAGUGAAGGAAACCCCGUGACGUUUUGAAGUUAAAAUAUUUCCAUAACCUGUUGUCAUAAACCGUCGGGAGGUUUAAUUGAAACUACAUAAUCUUCAAGUUCGCCGGCUGGCUGUUAAAAAGUUAAACAAGAGCUAUUUUCAAAGGUCGCGUGUUUUCAGCGGACUUUAAAGCAUCAACUGGGCUUAUGAUGAAAGAGCCGCUGUUUUCAAAUUUAUUCUCAUGGUUAUGUUUGUUUUGGGUCACAGUUCUUUGUACAAGUAAGUGAAGUCUUUAAUUCAUAACGCACGUUCUUCGCUCUUUUAAGGAAUUCUACGGUUUGUGAACAGAUUGUAGCUGUUUAUGUUUUGAUACUGAUUUAGUCAUGACAGAAUAUUCUAUGCAGCCGACCAAGUUGUACAUCGUCUGAAUUCUUAAUCAUAUAAAGCCGGCAUUCAAUUUAAGUGAAAAAAUAUUUCCGACGUGGGUACAUAUAAAAAUCAAAACUGAAUCUCUUAGUCCAAUGUGUUUUUAAAAGACAACAAAAUGUGGGAUCUCGCAAGAUUCAGCAAUCCGCCAAUGUUCAGUAUACAGUAUGCUAAUUUCUACGACCUCUUCUAAUCGGUAUAAUUGAGUAAUUGUUCAAUAUUAUUCCGUUCCGCCUGUUAACGCACUUCUGAUAAGAUGUUUCUUCCUUUAUUGUUCUCUUUCUUUUUAGAACUUACGCAAUCGCUUCAGUUUUACACGGUUUUGUACUAUUUACUUCGUUGGCACGUGUUGUCCAUCUUAGUUUGCUUCAGUUUUGGACAUCAAGCGUGUUAUUCCAAAGAGGAUUACUGCAAUUGCUAUGCUAGAUAUAACGUAUGGUGCACGAGUUGUGCAACAGUAUUUUCUGCCAAGUCUGCCAACAAUUGUAGGUACAGCUUUAUGAUUAUAUGUACAAGUUCUCCUUAAAUUCUGAGCAACAUUGGACCGUUUUUCUCUCACCUUAUUUAUUGUUAGAAUUGGGCUCACGCCAAAAUUAAUUAGUUUUUUUUCCUAGUCAUGUUCUAGAGCAUGGCACAAUUGAAAUUGCCUUUUGUUGUCCCGGAAGUCAUUUGCAUUGGAGCACAAAAGAUUUGCCUUCUAAAAUGUAAACAAGGCGGGGCGUUUGUUAUGUAGUUCAAGUAUUUGUCGUUUUGUUUCUUAGUGUUUCAUUUUCCGACUGACCUUCUUUGCAUGCUAAUGUCAUAAGAGACAAUAAAACAAAAGUGCAGUAAGCGCCUCACGAAAAAAAAAAAAAAAAAAAAAAAAAAAAAGAAAAGAAAAAAAAAAAAAAAAAAAAAAACAAGGAAAAAAAAGAACCUUUGGUUGAGCAACCUCUGGGCUAAAGGUAUAGUUAAGGCAUCAGUAUGACCCUCAGGAAGCGGGUUCACAUACACCGUAUAAAACUAAUCGAAAAACAACGAUCCUUCGAGAAAAAAUUAUGUUAACGGAUCGCAGUUUUUAACCCAACUGGUUAACAGCUGCAUUUCAAAAAAAAUAACAGUUAGAAGCGAAAUAAGUUCAUUUCACGUUAUGUUCGGAGAUUCAACAGAAAUAUCCCACAACAAAUUCAUUGCGUUCUCAGUCUAUAAUUCAUUUCUACGUAAUGUAUAUGUUGUAGUUAAUCUUUUAUGUCCGGUAAUUUUUGUUUUUCUUUUGUUUUUGGGUAUGGUCAUCGUGCUGAUGAAGUUAAAACAAAAGAAAAAUAAAAAUUACCUGAGAUAAAGAAUUAACCACAACAUAUAUAUUAUCAUUUUUUUAAAAAAAAAUAUGGCGCUUCUUUUCGUUAAUUUAUUAGGAUUGUGUUGGGAAAUGGUUCCGGCAAUAACACUUGCUUGGUUUUCAAACACCUCAAACUUUUAAGUAAAGUGAAGUAAAUUAACAACUUAUUGCUAAUCUUUGAACAGUGAAAAGCAAUAACUUCAGCUUUUAAGUACUUUUGCUUAGCUUUUGCAAUUUUUCCCACUAAUUUGACGGCGACGAAGGAUGUGAUGGCCUCCGAAUAAGAGAAGUUGUGCCCCAGUUGCGCAGAAGCGUCGCGUUGGCCACGUGCAUAUACUUCUCAUUGCACGUGACGUCCAGCUCGUGCUUUCUAGGUUGAUUCCGACGGUACUGGCUUCGUGUUACUUGACGAUCCAAAAUGACGUUGAAAUGGCAACUACAGACCGUCCACUAUAAAAAGUCGUCAAUUUUAUGAACUUAAGGACCAUGAAAAGUUUGACUGUAUCUUGAAACAAGAAUGACAAAAAAUCAGUGAAAAGUGCUCAAGCCCGGAAUUUGAGAAAGCGGAUAAUUCAGAUUACUGAUACCCAAUCCAAGCGAGAGAUAAAACCGAUUUUCUUGUUAUAAGCUUGCCUUUUGUUAAUUAAAAUCCAUUUUGCAAAAAAGUUUACGGUUUGGUAUAAUCUUUCUUUGGAAUUCCUUUAAUUCGAUCACGACGUAAUAGUUUAAAGGAUAAUAUUUUUUCAUUGUUUCAUAGGAUUCGGACAAAUCAGCCUAUGUCCGUUUUGGCAACAUAACCCGCAGUGUCGUGUGAAUUCAAUAUCCGUAGGAACUCGUAAAACCAUCAACUCGCAGUAUCCGGUAUUCACUUUAGCUUUUGAACUUGAGAGCCUUAUCAUUCACGUGGCUAACAGCUAUGUAAAUUAUUGAAACAAAAGAAAGUUUUCAAAUAUAAAGAAAAAAGUUCAGCUCCCAUGCACAGGAUUAGCUAAAGGCACCAACAUGGCCGUUGUUGCUUUGUUUUGGCACACCAAUGUGGUGACCGUGACGUCGUGUGCAAACACACAAUAAAAACGUAACGCAACUUACCGUAAAGCGGACAAAUGCUACGUGUUCUAGCAUGUCUUAGCAAAGCACGUGAGAAAAUGCUUGCUAAUGUCCUAUAUGAAACGUGAUCUGGGACAAGGAAAAGCCAGAGCGGCUAAGCAUUUAACUGCAGUUAAAAAUAAUUUUAAAAUGGUCAGUCCUAAGUUGAUCAGAUUCAUAGGCUUUUCCCUGCCGGCGCAGUAACCCAAUUAUUAGAUAGCCGAGAAUAGAUGUUGAAAAUAUCAACAGGUACCAGUAGAAUAUUUUGACGGCAACUUGGCUCAGUUUGAAAUAUAAAGGCAUUGUUGUCGUAUCAGACUCCGUUUACAUGGCAGACCAAGGCAGUUUUGGCAGAAAUAGCGUCAAAGAUCCCCUUGCGUGCGCCCGCGAAGAACAUUUCUGAGUGUAAAGAGUGUUUAUCUAAAUGUAUUUUUUUAUCGACUUUGAAAAAGAUAGUAGACAAUCCUUAUUAUCGUUAUUACAUCCAACUAGAGAGAACUUCUACAUUUUACGAUAGCUAAUGAAAAGAAAAAAAAGUUAAAUGAAUAAGAUACGUUAUGACAAAAGGAUAUCUAGGAGGUAAAUAAACAUUAAGGUUUUCGUGCUAACUCUUAGCUAUAAAAUGAUACUUUUUUAGCUCAUUUUUUUAACCCAGAGGUGACAGGUGACGGUCAAACCAACUUCGUGUUUCGUUUACUCAUUUUGUCUUCUUUUCAUUUCUUCAAUUUAUUCUUGAAUUUGUUUUGUACUAAAAUCGGUUAAAAAUCAAUUAAUAGCUAGGUCCUUAAAUAACUUUUUUGAGAAAAGAAGGCACUGGAUAACGUUUCGUCUACCGCACUGAUUCUUCAGUUUUUGUCUCAUUAUCCCACUCAACCCCUGGCUAUUUUGCUCAAUUCUACUUAGAAACGUUGCCCUAAUCGGUUAAUUCGGAAUUUAUAUAUAUUUAAUGCGCUGAAAAUAGACAAUUUUGUUAUUUUAAUAUAUAAAAAUAAGUUGCGACCGCGGGGAAAACAUGUGAAACAGCCCGUGUGCUUAAAUUAACUCUUGUGUUAAGUGCGUGAGAGCAAAAAGGUUAAUUUAAGUUCAGAGAACGUAUAUACGAUCUGAUGAGUGUCAGGAGCUUAUUGCAGACACAAUAUGCUGAACGUUAUAAAUUAUGCGCAUGCCCGUAUGAUGUUUUUGAAAAGUUUAUAUGUAAACAAGCUUGACAAGGAAAAGCAUUAUUUGCAUCGCGUCCAACGAAAAGCAAUGUAAAUAGAAGUACUAAGUUUCUACUUGAGUUUCUUUAUGGCGAUAUGUGGAACGCUGGGCCGGACGUUAAUAUUUCUUCAAGUGAUGCUGUUGUGUGCGAGUUCAUGUAAGUCAUGUAUUAAGUACUGAUCGAAAUUUAAUUUUCAAAGUCCUUAAUUUAUCAAGUUUUAGAGAUAUACCCGCGAAACACCCGGCUUUCACACCCUUUCAUCAAUUUUUGCUGUGUUGAUAUUUUGCAUUAACAAAAUUCAAUUUAUCUAACAAAAAUGCGCUUUGCGAGAGAACAAAACAUUUUGGCUUUUGUUUGCCAUGGAUAUGCUGAUACAAGGCAAGUGCUACUUCAAUUAAUAAUGACGACCAUAAAAUAUUUUUCAAGCAUAUAUUUUUUUAAUCACCAAACUUGUAAUAAUAAAGCGAAGAAGGUUAGCCUAGUCUGUGUUUAGCUAUGGGAUUAUACAGUCACCCUGUGCUGUGAUGCAACACAAUAACUAAAAAUAAGCUCUUUUAAAUUAGUUUUUGGCACUAAUACGUUCAAGAGUUCAAGGUCACUUGAUUUCAUUUGCUAGUUGAAUAUUUUUGUCACGUGCGAGGUCUAUGUUUUAUCAAAUAUCGUGCACCAUGAAAAGCCGCUAAAUUGACUGGAACAUUGCACAGCGGGUUCGAAAUGAACCUGGCGUAAUAAAGAUACAUAAUAUUAAUAGCUACUGCUAACGUAACCAAACCGGUGAGACUGCUUGUAGUCCCUCGGGUUUGCCUCGCUCGCUCGCUCGCAUGCCGUUUAUCACGUAACAUGUUCGCCCGCGCCCCUUAGGGACAACUGCGAGUCAUAAACUGGUCCGUUUCUACGAAAAUUUAGGAAGCCUUUUCAAGAUGUUGUCGUUUUUUAAAAAUGGGACUCUUGUCCAUCUAUUUGUCUAUUUUGUGAUAGCACUUGAUUAUAGGAGCAGUAAGUUGCAUCUUAGCCCUGGGAUCUUAACUGAGUAGCCUGAGAAAACAGCCGACGAUUGGCGACGCUACCACUGGUUUCCCCGCCAAAUGACGCCUAAGAAACGAGCACAGAUAUUCCAUACUGAUGACACGUCACUACCCAGAUAUGGGUAGUGUUGGGUAGUGACGCGUCAUCUCUGCGAUCGUUUCUCAGACGUCAUUAGGCAGGGAAACCAGUGGUAGCGUCGCCAAAUAUCGACUGUUUUCUUAGGCCUCAGUGAUUUGACUAUUUUCAGUUUUUAUCUUAAUUUGAACGUCCCCAAGGGGAUUAAAUAUAAACUACCACUCAUUAAUGCUCACUGAUGUUGUAUUUACUUUCUUUUAGCGGGUAAUCCUUCCCCGACUUCAAUAUCAGGAGAAAAGCGCAUAAGUUUGCAAUGUCUACACAAUUAUAUGCUUCUGGAUAUGGAUUUGCAGGAUAUACCUGGACUCGAACCAGCCUCACUUCAUUUGCGGCACUUCUCGUGUAAACCUUAUCAAGUUCUGGACACACGAGCUAUAUUUCGCGUACCCUUUCAAGGUUGCGGGACAACUCGAGAGAGCAAUUCGGACUACAUCGUUUAUGAAAAUGUCGUGGAUAACUCUAAGGAAUCCAACGCUACACGCGUGUUGAUCAGACACGCGCAAGAACUUCGUUAUCCUUUCUCUUGCCGUUAUCGUCAAAAGUAUUUCCUAAUAUUGCAAGAGGGACAGUCGGGCAAACGGGAAAACGAAAUUAACAAGGGGAACGGAAACAGUACAAAAGAAAAAGGUAAAUGUUACUUAUAAACUGAAUUCAUAUUUAUACUCAAUUAGUUAAUAGAAUCUAUACUUGCAUUAUAUACCAACCCAAUACUGAAGAAAACUUGUUUAUUUCACCACAAAAAACGAAGGACAAGAGUACAGAAACACACAGACGCAUUUUGGCGAGGAAGCCCAAAAUGAAACCAUAAGGCUUAUAGGCAUUGGGUUCCUCCAGAGUAUAAGAGUAUAAGUUUACAAGCCGGGCUCGCGCCAUAUUUGUAACUUCCUAUGACUCGCGCCAUAAAUGUAAGUGUAUAAACCUUAUCGGUUAUCUCUCGUAUUAUUUUGUUCUAACUACCAGCCUCGAUUAGCUAUUGCCACUUGCUGGUAGAUACUUCUCCUUAUCUAAUUCAUGCUAAAAUAAAGUUGUUGUUGUUGUUGGUCCUUCACCGAGAAUUUGCCUUGCCUUGUAUCCAGACCAGCGCGAAAAGCGAGUGAAUUUAUUUUGAACCAAUGAGACACAAUCCGUAUCAGUAACAUUGAAAGUACGGUGAGAUUAACAGUAAGUGCGAGCAUCAAAUGCCUCGAAAACUUUGUCGUAUUAUGGUGGUGAUCUUAGCAUGAGGUUAAAAAGGACUGAAAAUAAAAAGAAACAAACAAAUGACAGCGACCGAGCUGUUUGUCUGUUUUUCACACAAUGACUGUUUCCCACAAGUUACUGGGGAAAAACACUUUAGUCUUGUGUGUAUAAAUAUAUUAAUCCUUUGUAUUAUAUUUCCUAGUUUUCCCCGAAGAGGUUAAGAGGCCAACGAGCAGUGUGUCGCAUGUUUUGCUACAAAAAUAUCUGGGAAUUUUUCUCUUUGGAAUGCAUCUUCUAUUUUCUUCAUGAUGAAGUUUGCAGUGGGCAUGGGACUCAUCAGCGGAAGUGGACAAUUUGUCUUCGAUUUUUCAGAUUCUUAGAAAAAGAGUAGAAAAGUUAUAACUAAAGUACUGUUUUUUGACGUUAAACGAUUCUAGAACGAAGAAGGAUUCAAUAUCGUCUGCAACGGCUUGCCCGCCUUUUGCUGACGUACAGAAAAGAGCCGUUCUGUAGGCUGA